AUGCAAUCAUGGACCGUCGAGGAGCGGCGUGUAUUCUUAGAUGCAGCUGCCAUUGGCAACUUGGAUAUUGUAGACGGAUGGAUUGCUAAUGGAGGAGAUGUUAAUGUGACAGUGGGCGAGGGCUGGAGCGCGUUGUUUUACGCUGUCGCGCACAGUCGCAUGAACGUUGUCCGGAAACUUCUCGAAAAUGACAAACUUGAUUUAAACGCUACGACAAUACCAGGAUCAUCGGCUUUAACUUUGGCACUUGCACGCAAGAAUAACUCGUUGGUGGAGUUAUUACUGCGCAGUGGAGCGUCUCGUGCAACGAUACCAAUGAAGAUUCUUAAGGAAUGUGACACAGCAGCGUGGAUGAAUCCUGAGGUGAAGCAGAUGCUUCGUCCAGACUGGGCUGUGGUGUGGACUCCAAGGUUACAUCGGCACUUUUCACCCGUCGAGCGCGAGAAAUGUCGUCUUGUAGUGUACGCAAACAUGUUGGCAUUACGGCAGCUAGGAACCCAAACCUUUGGAGAUGCAUCGUUACUGUCUCAAUUCGGGUGGAAAGUUGAGGGAAUUGAACGAUUUUGGCGUUCCACUACUUCUUCGCCUGUACGCUGGCGAUAUUUUGCACAACCAUUGAUUUACCAUAUUAUCGAGUAUGCUGUUUUUCUUUGGUAA